CUCUGCGCCGAGUUCAGUGACGGACCGCUAGCUCCUCAACAUGCGCCAUUGAAAACAAACGCAGCGGAUACGAGGCUGAUUCAUUUUAAUGCAGACGAGCUAGAAACCUCAGAUCUCGUCUUUAAUAAACCUACGACACAUUUAUUAAACCAUGGAGACUAUUCUGGAGCAGCAGCGUCGCUACCACGAGGAGAAGGAGAGGCUGAUGGACGCGAAGACUAAAGAGAUGCUGCACAAGAAGUCCACGCUUCGGGAACAGAUCAACUCGGACCAUCGAACCAGAGCGAUGUUGGAUAGGUAUAUGGAAGUGAGCUCAAAUCUCAGAGACUCCUAUGAAGACAAAGACGGAAUGAGAAAGGAUGAACUCGCUGCGAUCUCGGGACCAAACGAGUUUGCGGAGUUCUACAACCGACUGAAACAGAUAAAGGAGUUUCACAGAAAGCACCCAAAUGAGAUUUCCAUCCCCAUGUCUGUAGAGUUUGAGGAGUUGAUGAAGGCCAGAGACAACCCCAGCGAGGAGGCUCAGAACCUGGUGGAGUUCACCGAUGAGGAAGGAUACGGCCGCUACCUCGACCUCCACGACUGCUACCUGAAGUUCAUCAACCUGAAGGGAGCUGAGAAACUCGAGUAUAUCUCAUACCUGUCUUCAUUCGACCAGCUUUUCGACAUCCCCAAGGACCGGAAGAAUGCUGAAUACAAGAAGUAUUUGGAGAUGCUGCUGGAGUAUCUGCAGGACUACACAGACCGAGUCAAACCUCUGCUGGACCAGAACGAGCUCUACGGCAAAGUGCUGAUAGACUUUGAAAAGAAAUGGGAGAAUGGGACGUUUCCAGGCUGGCCCAAAGAGACGAGCAGCGCUUUGACACACGCCGGAGCUCAUCUGGACCUCUCUGCUUUUUCUUCUUGGGAGGAGUUGGCUUCCUUGGGUCUGGACAGAUUGAAGUCUGCCCUCAUGGCGUUGGGACUGAAAUGUGGAGGGACUCUGGAAGAGAGAGCUCAGAGGCUCUUCAGCACUAAAGGCAAAUCCCUGGAGUCGCUGGACCCUUCACUGUUUGCCAAGAAUCCCAAAGCCAAAGGCCCGAAAAAAGACACAGAGCGUAACAAGGAAAUUGGCUUCCUGGAAGCUCAAGUCUAUGAAUAUGUGGAGAUCCUCGGGGAGCAGAGGCAGCUGACUCACGAGAACGUCCAGAGGAAACAGGCCAGGACCGGAGAGGAGCGCGAGGAAGAGGAGGAGGAGCAGCUCAGUGAGAGCGAGAGUGAAGACGAAGACAACGAGAUCAUCUACAACCCCAAGAACCUGCCGCUGGGCUGGGAUGGCAAGCCCAUUCCAUACUGGCUCUAUAAACUUCACGGGCUGAACAUCAACUACAACUGUGAGAUCUGUGGAAACUACACUUACAGGGGACCUAAAGCCUUCCAGAGGCACUUUGCGGAAUGGAGGCACGCUCACGGCAUGCGCUGUCUGGGAAUCCCCAACACUGCUCACUUCGCCAACGUCACACAGAUCGAGGACGCCGUCUCUUUGUGGGCAAAGCUGAAGUCCCAGAAGGCAUCAGAGCGGUGGCAGCCGGACACAGAGGAAGAGUACGAGGACUCGAGUGGCAACGUGGUCAACAAGAAGACCUACGAGGAUCUGAAGAGACAAGGCCUGCUGUAGAUAGAGGAGAAUACGACCCGCGAAGAAUAAACGGAAAAAAACUAUUUUUUAAUCACCCUUGUUUCUUUUUAUUUGUAAGUAGUAAUGUUGUUUUACAGACUGCAUCCCGCCCCUCCUUUCCUCCCUUUGAUAACUUUGUAAUGUGUCAUCCAUUGAUCAUCAUAAUAAACAGUACUUUUGUCA